UUAUACUAUUAUUCAUUUCAUAACAUAAAGAGGAAUGCCAUUGUAGGUCAGCAAGGUAACUUAGUAAAACAAUGAAUGCUAUCAGCAAAUUUGUAACAGUAGGUCAGCUAGUGGAGGUGCUGACUGUCUGGAAACUGCUACUGCUAGUGCAACGCGUGAUGUUACUGUAAUCAUGUUUUCUCUGCUGUGUUGCUGCGGCUUGCUCGUGCUCUCACCUGUCUCUGCCUGGGACCUCUCCCCUCUGCUCCAACCGGCUCCAGAAGUCUCUCAUGUCACCCUCUUCGGUAGCAGAGCCUUUCUCAGUCUCAGCCGACACGAUGAGCAGCAGAAAUAUUCACUUGUUGAAGCUACAUGGCCUGAGAGGCCUAGACCGUUUCUUUCUUACAUUAGGCCUUUCCCAAACAAAGAAUUACAGAUGGUAGGAAACUGCUCUCAUGCCCAGAGGCCAGUGAGCACCGACUGGGAUGGUAUCAGUCACCUUGUAGUCUUGGACGCUGGCUGGCAGAACACAUGCUCUCCUAAGGUUCUCAUCUACCAUAUCUUCACCAACAAACAAGUCAGUCUAUCACAAGAUUUACUAGUCUGUAAGCUGUUCCUGUGUUGUCUGCAGUGGCAGAUCCAGGAGGAAUUGCAAAGAACACAAACAAAAAGUGUUAUCAGGGAAAUUGCACUUCAACCAGUCCGAGUAGAUUUUGAAUGCCUGUCGGGAAAACUCACUGCCUUGGUUGUGGACACUGUCACCCUGCCUAUCGGUACUCGGGCAUACAUGGGGGAGACUCGACCUGGCAAGUUGGCAAUCUUGGAUUUGCCCACCGGCCGUUGGUGGGAAGUCUCUCUUUCUACAUCUCCUUUCAUCCCUCCUGUCACCCCCUCUAGCUCCCAGUUGGCUCUCUCAGGCCACCACCUCUACCUCGCCUCCCAUCACUCAGACACACUUUUCAGGCUGAACCUCACUGACCUCAGGAGCUCAACUCCAUCAUCCUCGCCAAACAACCAGACCGUGGACACUAAGUUGGAGGGAACGCUGCUUGGACCCCCACGAGGACUGGUGGUGGACCCAAGGGGCUCUCUGUACUAUUGUCUGGCACGUGACUACGUUUGCGUCAGCUGGGACAUACACCGACCCCUGCGUGCGGAGAGCCACAGGGUGCUGCUGCAGUCUGCGGAUCUACUGCCUCGUGUUCAUCAGUUGUUCCUGGACUUGCAGAAGCAGGUGUGGGCUCUUACAGACAAUAACAAUGGCUCCCAUUGUGUUCAUAUCAGCAGGCCGGUGCUACUUUACCCAAAUUGGGACUUGUCAUAGUUAAAGCAGUUGAAUUAAAUGUAAUUAAAAUAAAUAAAGAUAAGAAUUGUA